ACAACCACUGGCAUGUGCAGAAGACCCCGAUUCCCGUGCGAUGCCUGCCGCCAUGUCACUCUAAUCCAAUUUUGGUGAGCUUUCAUUCGUUGGGUACGCUGCGGAUGGUUGCUUAUCGAUAUGACGAUGGAGCAACGCUAACCCGCACCUGUCGGCCCCACCAUCGUUUUGCCAUGAUCCCCAAAUCUUUCCAGCCAGUUCUUUUGAUGCCUUCCAUCACAUCAAGACCAGAUACCGACCUUCAGAGCUGCGCUCAUCGAGUUUCAACAUCAUGGAUCCCACGCUGCUCAUUGGCGAUAUUGUCGAGCGAGACGACAAAGCUACGAAGCCAGUCGAGUUUCCCUCAGGCCCCAUCCCGGCGACAGGGUUCCCUCAGCACAAGCGCCGAUGGAAAUCCUCAGCGUUCAAGCAGCAGCGAAACGGCGGCGCCGCACCGCAGUCGAACCAAGCGCAAAGCACAGAGCCGGCCCAGUCGCAGACCUUUGAAGAGGCCGAAAGAGAGCGGAUAGACAGAGAAAAUAGGCAGAAGAUCAGCGACAUGACGCCUCAGGAGAUAUCGCGGGCGCAAGAGGACCUCUUGAAUGGACUCAACCCGGCCCUCAUACAACGUCUGCUGCAAAGGGCCAACAUUGAUGAGCCUGACCCGACUUCUCCCUUUAACCUCCCCGAAUCUCGAGAACCACAACCAACUUCAGCUUCAUCGCGGGCGCCUCCCGAAAUUCGGGUGGGCGACGUGCCAAAAGCUGCCACCGUCGAGGACGAGACUGCGGAUGUCGCCAGGCCAGAGCAAAACACCAAGUCAACGCCCGCCCCUUCACCACCUCCUCCUCCUGCUGCUCAGACAAAGUCAACCAAGAAAAUACCCGACAAUUACGAUGAGGAUCAGGCGCCUGCUCAGAUCCCACCCGACCUCUUCCCCAUCACGGAUCUGCCCAAGUCAACGCACUUCCCUGUACCACCGAGCCUCCCGGACCUGGACCCUUCCGAUCCCAACUUUCUCGCCACGCUACACGACAAAUACUUUCCCAAUCUCCCCGCCGAUCCCAGCAAGCUGGCUUGGAUGGCGCCCGUGCCUACGCAGGACAGCCCGGCUGAUAAAGACUCGCCAUAUUAUCCCCAUCCCGAGAUUAGCGUCUCGGCGUUGCGGUUUGACUUCCGCGGCCGAUUCCUCUCUCCGCGAGUGAGUCGGUCGAUCCCCGCGUCCAAGGGGCUGCAUCACCACGGAGAAGCUCCCGAGGCUGCCGGCUACACCAUCGCAGAGCUCGCUAGGUUGGCAAGGAGCGCUGUGCCUGCGCAGCGCUGCAUAGCAUUCCAAACCCUGGGCCGAAUCCUGUAUCGUCUGGGGCGCGGCGAAUGGGGAACCACCCCAGAGCACCCAAUCGCCAUGGGUGUCUGGAGCGCUGUCAAGGAAGGACGGGUCUUGGAGAGCCUCACAGAGGCAAGCAUGGCCGAAGGCGGGCACCGGGGCAGCAGGGCAUAUGCCGUGGAAGCCCUGUGGUUGUUUGAGAAGGGCGGAUGGCGCGAGAAGCUGCAGGUGAGGUGAGGCGGACGCACCCUGGGCAGCGGAGAAGAAAAACUACCUCGCGUAUGCACGUCUGAAUAUGAGUUGGCAUCUA